GUACAGAGGAAAGAAGAAGAGGAGGAGGAAGACAGAAAGUGACCGCCAGACGCCUUUUUUGAGGUUUUGACGCAGCAGGGGAAGUUUUUUUUCCCAUGUCACCAGCAAACCUGAGGCCAGGACACCCAUUAGCCUGCAUCAAAGCUCUUUGCACGGAUUAAUUUAACUAGACCGGGAUUCCAUAGCCUGGUUAUGGAUUUUAACCUUCUGACGGACAGUGAUGCCCGCAGCCCGGCGCUGUCGCUCUCCGACUCUGGGACCCCGCAGCACGACCAGGGAUGUAAAGGCCAGGACCACAGCGACACAGAAAAAUCCCACCAGAACCAGCUGGACGAGGCAAACGCUGAUGAUGGCUCUCUGAAGAAGAAACAGCGGCGGCAGAGAACUCACUUCACCAGUCAGCAGCUGCAGGAACUGGAAGCCACCUUCCAGAGGAACCGCUACCCUGAUAUGAGCACCAGAGAGGAGAUUGCUGUUUGGACCAACCUCACUGAGGCUCGGGUCAGGGUAUGGUUCAAGAACCGACGUGCCAAGUGGAGAAAGCGGGAGAGGAACCAGCAGGCAGAGUUGUGCAAAAAUGGCUUUGGUGCCCAGUUCAAUGGACUCAUGCAGCCCUAUGAUGACAUGUAUACGGGCUACUCCUACAACAACUGGGCCACCAAGAGCCUAGCAGCAAGCAGCCCACUCUCUGCCAAGAGCUUCCCAUUCUUUAACUCAAUGAAUGUAAGCCCCCUGUCAUCUCAGCCCAUGUUCUCCCCACCCAGUUCCAUCCCCUCCAUGAACAUGGCUUCUAGCAUGGUGCCCUCGGCGGUAGCUGGAGUUCCCACUACAGGGCUCAACAAUCUGGGCAACCUCAACAACCUCAACAGCCCCUCAGCACUCAACUCAGUCGCAGUAACUGCAGCCACCUGCCCCUACGCCACCACAGCCAGUCCCUACAUGUACAGAGACACCUGUAACUCCAGCCUGGCCAGCCUGCGGCUCAAGGCCAAGCAGCACACCAACUUCGCUUAUCCAACAGUGCAGAACCCUGUGUCCAACUUGAGCCCCUGUCAAUAUGCUGUGGACCGGCCAGUAUGAAGAAGAAAUUCAAACUGUGAUCCCUGACUCAAUCAACCAGCUGUAAACCCACUGCUACCCCACUGCUACCCCACUUCACAUCCCCUCAGUUCCAUCUGUAAACUGCCAGAUUGUGUGUUCAUGGUACACAAUGAGAAUUAUCUCCAAAACUGACACAACAAAGAGACAUGCUCAGAUGGACCACUGUGCUUUGACGCUGAACUGACCAAUUGCUUCAAAGGAUUUCUAAAUAUUAUUGUUCAUUAUCAUUUUUUUCCUUCUUUUGAACUGCAUGAUUAGAAUAAAUAUAGAAACCAAGGAUAAAGAAAACAGAUGGUUUAACUGAACUGGAGGUCAACAUCUUGGCCCGAAAAACUCCAUCAAAUGCGAUCAUUGCUACUAUUGGAAAGACUGUGAUGCGAGGGAACUGGAAGAUGUAUAUAAUUGACUUUUUUUUUUUUGUUUUGUAUGUGAAAAAACCCCAUAAAAAAUGUAGUACUUUAAAGAUGAGAAAAGCAUGUUCUACAAAAGCAAAGGCCCUAUGUCGAUGUACUAUGAGAACAUCAUUUAGGAACUUUAAACUUUGUUGUGAAUUCCUCUUCCUUUGAAAGGUCAUAGGUCAAAGGUUGACUUGGAGGGGUGAGAGAAGGGUAGUCCUGGAAAGUGAACAGAACCUCAAGGCCCCCGCCCCCCUCCCCCCUCCCAGUAAUUUACACACUCACAUAUACAGAAUAAGAUUUUUCAAGUAAAACUCUAAAAAGCCAUUGAGUAUAUAGAUUUGUGUGGUGUUAUACAAAAGGAGUCCAUGACUGUAAAAAUGUAUGUAAGUGUGCAGUUGUU